UAUUAAAAUCAGAUUUUUGUUGUUGUUUAGCUGUGAAGUAGCCGGGUUUUUUUUUUAAUAAACAUGCAACUUGUUGGGACAAAACUUUUUAGGUUUGACUAAUAUUUUCACAGGUAAUUCAUAAUUGAAUUGUUGGCUCUACUGACAGGGACUGAAUUGCUCUGCAUUUAUCAGAGACCCUGAAUUCUUUCACUGUGUUGGCAGCUUACAGAACUAUCAAACAAGACGGACGCUUUCAAAUACCAAAUUUAUAACUCCUCACAUUGAAAGUUGCAUGAUGGCAGGGUUGCUUUUUACGCAAUAUUACUCAACACUGGGUAAAUUAAAACUUUUGAGGAAUAAUACUGCACUGAGAGUCCUGACUACCACUCAGCGCCAACACAGCACUAAUGAUGGAGCUGGAAUUGAGUAUUUGCACAAAAGUGUCGUCCCGACAAUGCAUUACCAGAAGAGUUUACCAAGAUUACCAGUCCCCAAAUUGGAGGAUACAAUACAGAGAUAUUUGGCAGCCCAAAUACCCCUGCUUAAUGAUGAACAGUACAGUAAUACGGAGAAAGUAGCACAUGACUUCCAGAAUGGUAUAGGCAAGCAGUUGCAUGAAGAACUUGUGACCUUAGACAAGAACAACAAGCAAACCAGCUAUAUCUCAGCUCCAUGGUUUGACAUGUACCUGUCUGCACGAGAGUCUGUUGUGCUUAACUUUAACCCCUUCAUGUCCUUUAACCCUGACCCCAAACUGGAGUACAACAAUCAGCUUUUGCGGGCCACCAACAUGGUCUGUUCGGCUGUGCGGUUUAUGAAGACCCUGCGUGCUGGUCUGCUUGAACCUGAGGUGUUUCACCUUAACCCUGCCAAAAGUGACACAGACAGUUUCAAGAAGCUGAUCCGAUGGGUGCCCUCCUCCAUCUCAUGGUUCGGAGCUUACAUGGUAAAUGCGUAUCCUCUGGAUAUGUCCCAAUACUUCCGCCUCUUCAACUCCACACGUAUACCAAAGUACAAUCGCGAUAAGCUCUUUACAGAUGAGAAGGGCCACCACCUGCUUGUGAUAAGACGAGGCAACUUGUAUGUGUUUGAUGCAUUGGAUCGGGAUGGUAACCUGAUAAAUCCCGCUGAGAUUCAAGCUCACCUGAAAUACAUCCUAGCAGACCCUACACCUGCUCCUGCAUUUCCUUUGGGUGUUCUAACUAGUGAGAACAGAAACACAUGGGCAGGGUUAAGACAAAAGCUUCUGGAUUCAGGAAACGGUGAAGCUCUGAAUUUAGUAGACACUGCUCUGUUUUGCCUCUGCCUGGAUGAGGAGGACAUGAGAGACCAUAUCCACAUCUCCCACAACAUGCUUCAUGGGGACGGCUGCAACCGCUGGUAUGACAAGUCCUUCAGUAUCAUCUUGGCUAAGGACGGGCAGGCGGCCAUCAACUUUGAGCACUCCUGGGGCGAUGGCGUGGCUGUCCUACGUUUCCAGAAUGAGGUCUUCAAGGACACCACUGAGAAGCCUCUGGUUGGCCCUGGUUCUCCACCAGCAUCCGUGGACUCUGCCUCUGCAGUUAAGCAGUUAGAGUUCAAACUUAAUGCAGAGUUAGAAGCUGGAAUCUCAAAGGCCAAAGAGAACUUCCAUGCUGCAGUGUCAAAGCUCACCAUUGAUGCCAUGGAGUUCAAGAAAGGUGGAAAGGUGCAACUUAAGAAAAAUAAGCUAAGCCCAGAUGCCAUUGCCCAACUGGCUUUCCAGAUGGGCUUCCUACGGCAGUACGGGCAGACUGUUGCCACAUAUGAGUCCUGCAGCACUGCAGCCUUUAAACACGGUCGCACGGAAACUAUACGUCCUGCUAGCAUUCACACAAAAUCCUGUGUCAAGGCCUUCAUCCAGCAGCCUGGACAGCACACAGUUGAACAGUUAAAAGGGCUGCUGAAUGAAUGCUCCAAAUACCACAGCCAACUCACUAAAGAGGCAGCCAUGGGUCAAGGGUUUGAUCGGCAUCUUUUUGCCAUGCGCUACCUGGCUAAUUCUAAAGGAAUUGCACUGCCUAGUCUGUACCUGGACUCAGCCUAUGCCACCAUAAACCACAAUAUUUUGUCCACCAGUACUCUCACUAGCCCUGCGGUCAGUCUUGGCGGAUUCGCUCCUGUGGUGCCUGAUGGUUUCGGAGUGGGCUAUGGUGUCCAUGAUGAAUGGAUUGGGUGCAACGUGUCCAGCUACCCUUCCAGAAAUGUUCAUGAAUUCCUUAAGUGCGUUCACAAGUCCUUGGAAGACAUUUUUACAGUCCUCGAUGGAAAGCCCAUUCAUUAAAAGAUCACAUCUGUUGAAGAAGUCGAUUAGAGCAAUGGGCAUUUUCAAAUAGUCUGGAUUCAGAACAUCUGUUUUUUGUUUUUCUGUUAUCAGACAAUGACUUAUUGUAUAUCAUUGUUAUCUUUAAAAGUUGACUGUAGAUCUAAAUGAGCUUUAUACUUUUUGGAUGGCAAAUGUAUGAUGCUUAAGAAACUGAUCAAUGAGCAAAAAACAUAAAUGGUUAGGGCAUGCUAGAUAAUGUUUUGAAAUGCAAGUGUUUUAAAAAACAAUUAUAGCAAAUCUACUGUAUUUUAACUUUUGCAAUACAAUUUUCCGCUUUAUUAAAUCAGAAAUGAGUUUUAUUGUCACUGUAGAGGUAUGUCAAUCAUCUUCAAUAUUGAUAGAAACCUGUCUCCUAAAUGCUCCUUUUAUCUAUCAAUGUAAUUAUUUAGGACACUGGAUUUUUCACUUCAAGAUGAAGUACUUUUGUUCAUUUUUACCCAAAUUUAUCUCUGCAUCAUACACAACAGAAGGACAUAUAAAGUGUUCACAAAUGCUUAGUAAAUGAAUUUACAUUAAAUAUUAAAUAUUUAUUUUUCUGUGCCUUAACGAGAUGCGAGAACAUAAAGGAAUUAAAAAAAGAUAAAUCUUUGUCAUAUGAAACUGUAUCUGAUUGUAAAAAGUCUGUAACAAAGCUGAAUAAACAUUUUCAUCGGUUGACAUAGUUCAGCCACAAAUUAACAUAUUUGUGGGCAUCACAUGCCUAUU